UAUAAAUUUUGAAUACCGGUAGUUUGAGAGCAUUUAUUUACCGGAUAUACUAAUAAAUGAAAAUUCAUGUAAGAAUGUAUUUGAAAUAUGUCUUUGGUACCCUAUGACAGUUCAGAUACAGAAAGCGGUGAUGAAGUUGAAGCUAACGUGAAAGAUGUUCCUAAACUCCCAGAAUUUUUUCAUGAUCUUUAUAAAAAAAAGCGAAAAACGUUCGAUAGUCCCAUCUUUCACGAAGGAAGGAAACGAACGAAGGCUCAUUUGGAAGGUCAAUGGGCAGUCCAAAUUUACCUGGAUGUGGAAAUCCAUAGUCUUCAUAAACAAAGGAUUAAGGAUAUCAUAGCUGCGCAGCAAGAUUUUAAAAGUUUAUUUAUAUCAGAAUAUGGUGUCGAGAAAAAUUUGCACCUAAGUUUGUCAGAAUUAUUUAGAAUUCCAUCUGAUGAGAGGAAAGCUGUUUUCGCGACUUGGAGACAAGAAUGCCAACAAUUACAGCAAAGAACAAUUAAAUACACGCUUCAGGAAGUGCGUCUAUUAUUUAACGAUGAAAAGACUCGGAUGUUUUUCGUACUAAAAGCAACUUUCGAAAAAUCCAGUUUUUUGAGAAAAUUGCUAAGCGUUUCAGAUAAAUUAAUGAAAAAAUUCGAAGGGAAAGCAUUACGAGAGGAUUUUCUUCCCCAUGUCUCAAUAGCUUGGGCGCAUGCUAAGCAACGUGAUUUUGAAGUUUGGACCAGCCGCGACAGAGACAAUAUGCGAUUUAUAGAACUAGAAGCACUACUUACGAGGCUUCAAUCGGCUUUCGUAGAACCUUUCUCAUUAGAGAAUAAAAAUGCUAAAAUGCUAAUGGGAAAUAGGGUUUUCUCCGCUAAUUUUCAAUGAGAUUUGCUUCGAGUCUCUUCGUGGAGUAUCGCAGCAAGUUCGAAAGCAUGCUUGUGCUACCAAAUUCACAAAACAAGACUAUACAUGAAAGAAAGGCUAAUACAUCCAAUAUGAAGUCGAUCUAGGAUCUAUGCUAUCCGGUGUGAACUCUUGUGAACUACCUCUGAAAAAACAGUGUGCCAAAUGCCGUGAUAACGCUACUAGCAGGUAAAACAACUGUACUAUUCUAGUAAUAUAAUUCAAAUACUUUUAUUGCUUAAUCAUUUUUAUUCUAUCC